AUGGGCAGUCCGCUGGUGACCCAGGAGGGUGUGGCUCUGUUCGGACACGGUCGGGACAGUCGCCCGGUGGUCAACCCCAGAGACAAGCUGCUGAUGGUGGGAGGGCGGCCUGUGCUGGGGCUGGACCCGCCCACUGAGGCCCCCACCGAGGCCCCCACAGAGGCCCCCACCGAGGCCUCCACCGAGGCCCCCACCGAGGCCCCCACUGAGGCCUCCACCGAGGCCUCCACCGAGGCCCCCUCCUGUCCUCCUGGGACCUACUCCAAGACGGAUGACUACGGGUUCCCAGAGGUGGACGAGGAAGGAGUCCUGGACUGUUACCUCAUCGAAGACGAAUCUUCAGGAACAGAAGACUUUGAACGAGGUAUUUAUAAAAGAAACAGUGUCCUGCGUUUGGAACUGAGCUCACGCCUGGACCUCGCCCGCCUGGACCUCGCCCGCCUGGACCUCGCCCGCCUGGACCUCGCCCGCCUGGACCUCGCCCGCCUGGACCUUGCCCGCCUGGACCUCGCCCGCCUGGACCUCGUUCGCCUGGACCUCGCCUGGACCUCGCCCGCCUGGACCUCGCCCGCCUGGACCUCGCCCGCCUGGACCAACUACAGGAGCUUGAUUCCUGCGGAGGAGCGCCUGUGUCAGACUGCUGUGCGCAGGACGCUCGUGUCUUUUGAUGCGCUACACCAUUCAUUAGUCAGAGACGAGCUGCUCCCUCAGACCACCCUCCCCCCCUCCCCCAGCACUGUGGCCCCCAGCACUGUGGCCCCGAGCACUGUGGCCCCCAGCACUGUGGCCCCCAGCACUGCGGCCCCGAGCACUGUGGCCCCCAGCACUGUGGCCCCCAGACCCUCACACAGGGGGCCCCACAACCAGUUCGACCUCAGCGGAAAGAAGCGCUUCACAGCUCCCUACGUGGACUACAUCCAGAAAGACCCCGGGGCCCCCUGCUCCCUGACAGAGGCCCUUGAGUUCCUGCAGCUGGACGUCCUGGAGAACCUGUUAGAGGACACCCAGCUGCACUCGGCGCCGAAGCACAAGCCUCAGAACCUCACGGUGGUCGCUCUGGAGGGCUGCCACUCCUUCAUCAUCCUGGCCUGGGGGCAGCCGCGGCAGGACGGCACGGUCUCAGGCGUGAGCUGCCGUGAAGACUGUGACCCAGCUACUGGCUUCCCAGAUUCAUCUUGA